CUUUUUGUUUGCAUCUCCAUAACAUAUAUCAAAAUUGUGACAGGAAAUAUGGUCAGAACAAGUUAAAUGCAAUACAGGACACCCUAUUAAUGGGUUAGACUUGUUAAAUGGGUUUAAUCUUAUAUUCUAGACGAUUUAAAGUGUUUGUUACAAGGGUGGCACCGUGGGUUCUUAUGGGUUAAGGUUUUUUUCUCCUUGAUUUCAUCUAGUUUGACAUUCAAGCUUCCUUCAGAUUAGAGAAGUCAGAAAAAGAGUCUAUAAAGUCCAUAUCAGUAAUGCUUCAUUUUAUAGGUUUUGAACCACAGGUCAGAAAUUAAAUGUUGGGUGCAAUGUCACUAAUCAGCCUCUAGAGGGAGCCGUUGACUCGCAUAGUGACACUGUCUGAACUGAUGGCUGUUCUCUUGUCACAAAUGUUGUUUCCUGGCUGUCAGCUGGAUAACCUAGUCUUGAUCAAUAAAAUCAAGGAGCAGCUGAUGGCAGAGAAGAUCAGACCGCCACAUCUCCCCGCUGCCUCAGCCCCUUCCCAACAGCCCUUACUGGCUCCUCCCAUCCAGGCGGAUGGUAGCCAGCACGGCAUGUCCAAAGCUCACCAGAUGCCGGCUCUCCACAGCCACAGCCCGUCUCAGCCUGAUGUCGCCCUGCAUGCUCGCCCCGCCUCCAGCUCAGUCACAGGUCGUAUUAUUGGGGAUGUAAACUUGAAUCUGGACGACAAGGCAGCUAUAAAAGCCAGAGGAUUAUGGGAGGACUGGCAUCUGCGUCAACUUAUAGACCAUCCCUCCAGGACGAACCACGUCUCAGGUGUGGCACUGGCCUCAAGAACAGGCAACCUCAACACCUCAGAGAUCAUCACCCCCACCACGCCCACCUCCAGCGGUCACGUCCGGCUGGGCGGAGCCCCCACACCUCACCUCAUCUCAGGGAUGGAGCCUGGGAAAACCAACGGGGGCCUCGGGGGCCUCGUGGGCCUCCUUGGCCCUCCUCCAAAGGAGGAACGGGGGCGUAAGAGGAUCAAAGCAGAGAAUGGGUCGUCUCUUUUGGUAGUGCCGUACCCAAUCCUAGCCUCAGGCAACGACCAAUCCUGUGUCACCAUCACUGCCAAACCGGGAAAAACCUACAGGUGUAAAGUUUGUCCGCUGACCUUCUUCUCCAAGUCAGACAUGCAGAUCCACUCCAAAACGCACACAGAGGCAAAGGCUCACAAGUGUCCUCACUGCACCAAGUCCUUUGCGAACGCUUCGUACCUGGCCCAGCACCUGCGCAUACACCUGGGCGUCAAACCGUACCGCUGCUCCUACUGCGAGAAAUGUUUUCGCCAGCUCUCCCACCUGCAGCAGCACACCAGAAUCCACACAGGGGAUCGACCUUACAAGUGCGCCCAUCCAGGAUGUGAAAAAGCUUUUACUCAGCUUUCUAAUCUGCAGUCUCACCAGAGGCAGCACAACAAGGACAAGCCCUUCAAAUGUUCCAACUGUUACCGUGCCUAUUCGGACUCUGCCUCGCUGCAGAUCCAUAUGUCUGCACACGCCAUCAAAAACGCCAAGGCGUACUGCUGCAGCAUGUGUGGCCGGGCGUACACAUCGGAGACGUACCUUAUGAAACACAUGUCCAAACACACGAUGGUGGAACACGUGGUGUCCCAUCACUCCCCUCAGCACAGGACAGAGUCUCCCACCAUCCCUAUACGGAUCUCCCUCAUUUGAGCUCCUCGCUCCCCGUCUCCUGACCUCCCAUCAGAGACGUUUCCUGUGAUAUCUGCGCUCCUCUGACGGACUCUGAACCCAUAAGCAGGUUCCAAAAAAUGUGCCAGAUUGUAAAAGUAUCUUGUGAAGAGGUGUAUAUCCUCCUUUUCUUUCUUGCUGACCAGAUAGUAUUAUCGGGGACAUCCAAAGAUGACUUCUCAGCACUUUCAGGCCUGGAAAUGACAGGCCUAUAAAAUUUCUUUUUCUAUGUGACUUCACACACACAAAAAAAUAUUGUUCCAGGCAGCUACAGUACAUGAAAAACUUUUUAACCUUUUUUGUGUUAUAACAAGAUUACAUUGUCUUUUUUAUAUGGUCCAUUACUUUCUUUACUCAAGUCUUUGCAAGGAAAAAUAUAUUUGCAUCAGAAAUAGUCUUCCGUUAGCUGAGUGGCCAAGUGAACAUAAAGGUGAAUGCUUAUAUAAUGCAUAUUCAUGUAUAUUGUGCCACUUUUUUAUGUCAGUGUUUGCAAUGUUUCACCAAUCAAGUGGCCAUAACGCACACAUAAUUAACAUGUUUUAUUACAUUCAUUUUUACCCUGUUGCCAACAUCGCCCUGACCAGGAUGUGUGACUCGAAAUUAGAGGGAUGGAUGUUUUUGUUUUACAUAUAUUUUGUAAUGUUAUAAAAUAUGCUCAAGGCAGCCUUGAAAUUUAAUCUGAUUAAGUUUAAAAAGUGCUUUCGGUCUCCUCAAAUAUAAAAACUGUGUACGUAAAAAGGGACAAAAACCGACACAAAAACUGAAUUGAAAUUUAAUUGAUUUAAUGAGUGUGAGAGCUUCUGUUUUCUAGUCUAAACUAGUCUGUGAACUCCAGUGAAAUGCAAAUGAAAUGUUUGCUGCUGCUGCCACACAGACAGAUGUGUUUCUCACCUGGAGAACAUGAAUAACGACAUCCCUCCUUUUGUUUAUUCCACCUACAAAAUGUAACAGAAGCAUCACACUUUUUUUAAUCUUGCCAUGGUUUUAUGAAUGAAAACUUUGCCAUUUUAUAUGCAAGCCUUAACUUUGUUACAACUCUAGGGGUCCACGCUGUUGUUUUAUCACUUUACAUUUGCCUUUUAUGUCAUAGCAUGAUAUAUACUGUACAUAAACUAUAUUAACUGUCAACCUGUUUUAUAAUAAAUAAUUCUAUAAUUACAA